AUGAAAAGACUUACAGCAGACGUGAGAGAUAUUAAGAUAGAGCAACAGGCCCAAGGGGAAGCUACUAAAGCUUUGAGAGAAGAAAUGCAAACAGGACUAACGGCGGAUGCUGGAGAUAGCAGCUUGCUAAAAGAGACAAUGAGGAAGCUUAUUGAAGAGGAGUUAGGAGUAAAAAUACUGAUAAAAGCAGCGCAUAGAUUGAGUGCGAAAACAUGUCUAGUGGAAUUUGACAGUGAAGAUAACAAACUGGAAGUGAUGCGGAAUAAAAGUAAGCUGAAGAAUAGGCCAGGCGACAGAAUAUUUAUCAAUGAUGACAUGACAAAGGAAGAAAGGGUUAUUCAGAAGAAAAUUAGGCAGAAAGCAAAUGAAGAAAAGACUAGGGGAAAAAAUGUUAAAACAGGGUUUCUGAAAUUAGUGUACAGCAAGUGGUAUAAAAAACUAGAAAAUGUGACUGUCGACGGUGAUAUGGACCCGACCCGGCAACAACAAGGACAUAGACUAGAAUUAAGGGGAUUUAGUGUUAAGAAGAAAAUAAGAAAGAGACGAAAUAAGAUUAGGAUAGGUACAUGGAAUGUUAGAGAUACAUUUACGGAAGGCGCUCUGAAACAUUUAUGUGGGGAAAUGAGAAGAUAUAAUGUAGAUAUUCUGGCAUUACAGGAAACUAAGCAAAAGGGCAAAACGAUCACAGAAGUGGAAGACCAUACAUUUUUUAAUAGUGGAAUUGAGAAUAGGAGAUUAGGGGUAGGAUUUAUAGUUAAUAACAGAUUUAAAAAUGAAGUCAUUGAGUUUGAGGGGGUCUCAGAUAGAAUGUGUAGAAUAAGAAUCAAAGGCCAAUUUAGAAAGAUUAAUAUAAUAAAUGUGCAUGCACCAUCUGAAGAAAAUGACCUGGAAAUUAAAGUAAAGUUUUAUGAGGAUUUGGAUAGAAUCUUGGGAAGGCUUCCAAGGUUUCAUGUCAAAUAUGUAAUUGGUGAUAUGAAUACUAAAGUGGGAAGGGAGGAGGAAUACAGAGAAGUAACGGGAGCACCAAAUGGCGAGACAAGGAACCAAAUUGAUCAUGUCCUUAUAGAGAGAAAACAUGCUAAGGACGUUACUAAUGUGAGAAGUUAUAGGGGAGCAGACAGUGACACUGAUCACAUAUUAGUUAUAACAGAAAUGAGACAGGAACGACCUAUUGAGAAAAAAUAUGUGAAAAGGGGAGAGCGGGUGAGAUAUGAUGUAGCAAAACUAAAAGACAUGACAACAGCAGUGCAUUUUAAGCGAGAAAUGGCAAGAGAAUUGGCAACGAAACUCCAUAAGGAGCAGAUAGAACAAGAAUGGGCACAGAUUGAGACUGUUAUGGAGGAGGUGGUAAGAAAGAGAUUGGGAAAGUGUAAAAGGAAACAAACAAAUAAAUGGUUUGAUGAAGAAUGUAAGCAAAUGUUGAGACGGAGAAAUAAAACACGGCUGAGGUUACUAGAGGAAAUGAGCGAAAACAACAAACGGAGGUACGAGCGCGCACGUAGGGAAGCCAAGGCGAUUUGCAGCAGGAAAAAGAAGGAACAUCUAGAGCAGGAACUAAAGGAAAUAGAAGAAUUCGCCAGACAACCCCAGUAUUUGAAAACUCAUAAUGGCUCCCUGGUUGGAGAUACGGAAGGGAAUUUGCAAAGAUUUGCCCAGUAUUUCUCAGAAAUACUAAAUGAAAAUGGGGAGGAAUACUGUUCGAGAGAAAAUGAGAUGGAUUUGCCAAAUGACGGUGAAAUUGUAAGUGUACCCACAAAGGAAGAAGUAGAAGAUUGUACUAAACGGUUAAAAAAUAACAAGAGUGCGGGAGAAAAUAAUAUAAUGGCAGAAAUUUUAAAGCAUAUAGGGGAAAUACUGGUAGUAAGAGUAUGGGAGCUGAUAAAAAAAAUCUGGGAAGAAGAGAAGAUGCCAGAGAAGUGGAAUAAAGCGCUAAUAAUACCCAUUCACAAAAAAGGAGCUAAGAAGGAAUGUAAUAAUUAUCGAGGGAUUGCGCUACAAGAUGUAACAUACAAAGUGGUAGCGAGAAUAAUUAAAAACCGAUUGGAAAAAUACCAUAAUGAACAAGUGGGGGAAUACCAAGGAGGGUUUAGGGCAGGAAGAUCAACGACCGAUCAAAUAUUCAUCAUGAAGCAGAUCCAACAGAAUUCUUAUGAGCAGAAUUCGAGUUUACAUUUGCUGUUUGUUGACUAUCGGCAAGCCUACGACUCCAUUAGUAGAAAGACACAUCACAUUCAAUGA